AUGGCUACUUCCAUCACCGUUGCUCGCGAUAUCAAGGCCACUGUAUCUCGUAGUCCUCCAAUUUCAGUGUCUACAUCUCCCGCCACGACCUUCAGAUCUCUCUCCUUUCACUCCUCGAAUAGUUCAUUCCCCAACCUGUCACACAAUAGCUACUUCCCAUAUCAUCAGCCUGUCGAGAAACAGCUGAAACCAUUCGCUACAGAAGACAUCAAAAUCCUCCUGCUCGAAAACAUAAAUGAGUCUGCUCGUACGGUCCUCGAGAAAGAAGGCUAUCAAGUUGAAUUCUACAAUCAUGCUCUCACGGAAGAUGAGUUGAUUGAUAAGCUUAAAGAUAUUCACGUACUUGGAAUCCGUUCUCAUACUGCCCUUCCUCCAUCUAUACUUAAACGUGCCAACUUCCCAAAUCUUUUGGCAAUUGGCACGUUUUGUAUCGGCACCCCAACCGCCUCACUCCUUCCUCUUGCACGCCUUGGAAUACCUGUUUUCAACUCCCCGUUCUCCUCCUCCAGAUCGGUUGCUGAGCUCACAAUCGCCAACAUUAUCAUUCUCGCGCGUCAACUCCUUGACAGAAAUGCUGAACUCCAUAACGGGCAGUGGAAUAAAGUAUCAACCCAUUGCUGGGAAGUACGUGGGAAGACCCUCGGUAUUGUGGGAUAUGGCCACAUUGGUAGUCAGCUGAGUGUGCUGGCAGAGGCAAUGGGUAUGGUGGUGAUCUUUUACGACACUAUUCCAGUGAUGGCUCUAGGAAAAGCAAAGCAGGUUGCAACACUCGAUGAGUUGCUUAUUAAAGCCGAUUUCCUUACGCUACAUGUUCCCGAGGCCCCAGAGACCAAUGGGUUGAUAGGCGCAGCACAGUUGGCCAAGAUGAAGAGUGGCUCUUACAUUCUCAACGCUUCUCGCGGAAGUGUUCUUGACAUCCCGUCUUUGGUAUCCGCUCUCCGUAGCAAACAUCUCGGUGGUGCAGCAUUAGAUGUGUUUCCCGCUGAACCGGGAGUAAAUGGGAAUACCUUCGAGGGGUAUGAAGAGCUUGCUGGGUUGCCGAACGUCGUUCUCACACCUCAUAUAGGAGGAGCCACAGAAGAAGCUCAGAGGUUCAUUGGGAAUGAGGUAGCGGAGGCCUUAGUAAGGUUUGUCAAUAGUGGAAGCACUGUUGGUGCUGUCAAUCUGCCAGAGGUUGCGCUGAGGGGAAUGAAGGUUGGGGAAGAGGGUAGUGUAAGAGUUAUCUUCAUUCAUUGGAACCGUCCCGGUGUACUCAGACAGGUCAAUGGAAUAUUGAAAGACCACAACGUGGAUAAACAGAUGAGUGAUAGUAGGGGCGAAGUAGCAUAUCUGAUGGCGGACAUCAGCUGUGUGAAAGAGGAAGAGAUCAAGUGUCUUUAUGACAACCUGGAGAGUCUGACUUCCAAAAUUAUGACACGCCUGCUUUACUGA